UGAUGUUGCAGUAGCCACAUUAGGAUUAAUAAAAUCCUAUUUUACCAGCAAAUUCCACUCGCAUAUUAGUUGAGCUAUCUUACUAUGUAAAAUACAGCUUUGUGAACCGUUUGGACUUAAAUGUGUAAUUUGAUUCCAACAAAAUCAAAUCAUUUCUUUAUAUUCUGUACAUCAAGAUCAGAUCACCACUUUUUCUAAAAUAGGAAAAAGUGGUCUAGCUUCUCAUACACAUAGUGGCUUGAAAAGCUAGACUUUACUCUGUUCUGCCGCAGACUAAGAGAUCAUCUAAUUUUGAUGUACAGAACAAUAAUAAGUGAUUUUGGACCUGCUAGAUUUUUUUCUUCCUACGGGAUUCGGACAACUUAGAAGAUAUAAAAGUAGACUAUAGUAGCCAAGAACAGACAAAAUAAUCACAGAAUACAGGCUUUAACAAUGAGCCAUCAAUUCUUGGAACCUGUUACCCGAAAAAGUGUCCACCCCUUCAGUUGACUCAUUCAAGAAAAGACUUGACACUCAAAAGUUUACUAGAAAAAGAUUAACAUAGACCGCAUGCUUUCCGUCCUAGUAGCACAAAUCUAGAGCUAAACCAGUGAAGCUAUGAUAUGGCAAUCAAAAUAUUUGUUUUUGAACUAACACAGCUACAUUUCGCUUAGGUGGUUAGAUACUAUGACAUCAAGUUUUUACAUCGGUUUACAGUAGAAGUUUCACAAGCUAGAGUUAAUCCUUCCCAAAUCCUAAAAGCACUCAUACAAGCGCCUAGGAUUAUUCUCGCUUCCAAAACUCAAUAUGGUCCAAGUUCUGAAGAAUACAUAUACCAGUUCAUCUGGGUUUCAAGUGCUGACGCUUGAGCACAAGUCAAUCUGCCAUCGACAGUUGGAAGUUGAUGUGGAAACAGGUUGUAAAGUUGUUAUUUCGUCUUGAUAAGGUCUCAUGGCAUGCACAUCCUUCGUUUAAUAUACAAGAAAACAUCCACGAUGCUACUUUCCCUACAUACUUUUUUCCAGAAAACUGUAUAUACACUACUCUAGUUUCGUGUUACCUCAUUGCCAAUAAAACCGUCCGGCAAAUGAUGAAUACGUUUGGUGGUCAUUCAUUUGUUUUUAAUACAUAUUGUCAAUACAAAACUGAUUAACCACUAGGAAGGAUUUGGGUAUGGAAAUUCAAACUGCCUAUAUUGAUAGAUUAUCUCAAAUACUUGAGUGUUGUAUUAAGUAUCGAGGCCCAGGGUGAAAUUAUCAGGAGUAGGUUGUUAAGCACGAUCGAUGUUUCCAGGCAGUUCAGAAGUUUCGAUAACAUCUCAUUCUUAAAUACAGCAGAACUUCGCUAGUAUUCCCGGUAUUUAACCAUCUGAACAUCUUAUAAAUGUUUACUAGUAAAUCUAAUGUUUUUUGUAUCUAGUAAAGGAUCUUAUGUUGUGCUCUUUUCUUAUACUGGGUUCUUUUAUCAUUUGAGUUAACUAUCAUUGAUAUUUCUGUUCACAUUUCCAUAAGCCUUUCUCAUGACAUCCAAAUUUUUAGUCAGGAACCGGGUUUUACACAACAUGGUUCGUCUCCUGGAAAAUAUUAUCUUUAUCACAGAACAUGAAGGUGUAACAAAAAGUCUUGUCACUUUUGUUGAACAAUUUAAAAAUUCCAGUAUUAUCAUACAGCUGGAUCCUGUUAAACUCAUGGAGGAACAGUUUAUUGCAGGAUUUUGUCGACGAGGAGCUGUUACAGUUUUGCCUAUAAAACCAUUGCCGGAGUUUGGUCUUUCUAUUCAAAAGUCUAUUUUAACCUUGGACAUGUCUCCAGUUGUGUACUCUGGUUUUGGAUUAUCCGCUAAAAAAGUUAAACAAGAAAAGAAGAAAGUUUUCUAUCGAUUUCAAGUCGAUUUAAAAAGUUCACAGUUUCAGCGCAAUGGACCAGUACAUACACGUCUUCGAUCAUUUUUCAAGGCUUUUACAAACCCCCUAGAAUUGGGCACUCGUAUUCCUCGAUGCCUUGGAAAUCUUGGUCCUUUCUUUGUUGAUUGGUUACCAGAUUCCUCAGUCACACAAAUAAAUGAAUUCCCUAAAAGUGAAUCCAUUGCUUCAUAUUUAAAUGACAAAGAACAUCUCGUGAUCCGACCACAAUGUGAAGUGUUCAACUACAUUGGAUCACCUAUACUAAUACCAGAACUAAUUUCAUGGGACAAACUUCCUCUAAAACAAGAAGAAAAUUCAUGCACAUGCACAGAAAUAGACAAAACGUCAGAUUUUUUAAAUAUUGUAAAUAUUCGCUUAGGAUUAACAGUUUUAUCUUAUUUAGCAGCUGGAAUUUCAUUUCCUGAUUCAGCUAUUUCAAAUCGUGUUCCAAGUGAUAAUCCAUGCUUAACCAAUGCAAGUCUGUCACCAAUUUAUGCACAAACUAUAGAUGAAAUUCUGUUACCUGUCUAUAAGCUGGAAAAACUGAACAUUAUAUAUCUAUCAGGUUUAUUUCCGGAUUGUUGUUACGAUGAACUGGAGGAUAAAAUAAAAUCAAUGUUAGCAGAAAGUCAACGUGGGGAUGAAUUAGUUUACAUGUGCAGAUGUCCACUAAAGGUUACCACCGAUUCAGUACAAUCGUUGAAACAGUCUGUUGAUCACUUAGGAACUCUAUUUUUAACUGGUAGAAAACAUGUUUCAGAUUCACAAGGACUACCACUUAUUAAAAUUCGAUUUUAACAUUUUAUUUUUCCAUUUGCAUGUACAUUUUUGCCGUUAUUGGUAAUAUACAUUCUUGAAUUAUA